CCAUUAAGCCCCCCUAAAACCCCGUUCUCAAGUUUCUUACUUACCUAGAACCUGCCUCUCUCUCUCACACACCACGCCCCCCUCUCUCCCCCAGUUAAUGUUCGCCGGAGCCUCGCUGCCGCUGCUGUGAUCUCGUCUGCUCGCUGCCUUGUAUUUCUCUCACCCGCACUCUCCCCCUCUUUCUCACUCCCCUCCUGCUUUCGUUUUUGUCGCGCCACCACUACUGCUGAGCUUGUCGGUGCCGGAGCUCCGGUUUCUGGACUACCUCGUCGCUGAGAUUUAUUCUCUCAUCUCUUUUGACUAUGGUUGGUCUGAAUCUUUGAUGGGUAUGGAGCAAGCAAAUAAAGGAGGGACAGCACUAAUGAGCUACCAAGCUGUUUGGAUUAGGGAAGAUAUGGAACGAGCACCCGAAGGAAAGGAGGUGGGUUAUGUUCCUGGGCUUGAAUUUCAGGAGGACAACAAGGAAUCAUUGAUUGAUAUUGAGAUGGAUGAAGAUACUGAACUCUGGCUUAUUCAGUUGCCUGAUGAUCAAUUUCCUGAUUUUGAUGGGCAGAAAGUGUCACUGGAGCUUGAUGACGAUGGAAAUAUAGGGACACUCGAGGCAAAUUCUGGUAAAGUUUAUAAUUUGGUCAACUAUCCAUCUGAGGCAGCAGAUAUAGCAGUUUUUUUAUCCUCUCCAUCAGGGCCAAAAGUUGCUGGAAAAAUUUCACGGCAUGUUUCACUGGUCCAUUAUCCAGAUCCACAAGAACUGAUAGCUCUUGAGUCUGAUACAAAAAAUCAACCACCAAUGAGAGCUAAGACUUCAUUGACAAGUUCUUCAAAUCAUUUUUCAUCUCCUUCACAGAGUCAUAGAACUCCACAUUCACAAAGUAGGAGCCGAUCUACUCAUAAUAGCAAAAGAAGCUCCCUGUCUGAAGUCACUGAUGUAUCAAAACAUUCAAAAAGAAGUAUUGGUGAGCCAUCGAGGUUCAGCAAUCAAUCUGCUCAUGACUCAGGGCGAGGUCGAAGUGAUGUCACUUUUUCAGGCUCAUCAGAGUUAUCGCAUCGAAAAAAAUCAAAGAAGACAGAUGGUACAGCUUGAUAGUAUUUGUAAUCUGUUGGAAAAAUGUGUGACAUGCAUUUUGAUGUUAUUGCAACAUUUUGAUAGAGGAGCUCAUGGAUAUGUUGAUUAGAUGUUUUUACAUGAUGUUAUUACAAUACUAGAUUUGGCCACACUUAUUGAAACAGAGGUCUCCCCUCUCUGUUUCUUGUUCCCCUCCUAAAAAUAACCAUAGUUGUCGGCUUCUUCGAAGGGUUGCCAUCUACCAGUUUUGUGAUGGUAAGCUUCAAUUCUCUGUUUUCUUUUUGAGUACCGGAUAGCAACUUAAUUUAUGAGAGUUGUUUAUUCAAUUUAUUGGUGGGUUGGCUAUCUUUUUCUAGGAGCUUCAAGAAUUCUGAUCUUUUCAGAGACAUUAGUGCCUUCGUGGUUUAGAGAUGGUUUGCUAUGUGGUUCUAUAAAGGUUUUCAAUUAUGUUUCUGCAAUCUAGUGAAUAAUACAAAAGUUUUCUUUACA